GACAGAAGCUCCCAAACAGAGAACAACUGGGGACUAAUUAGAGAGAGAGAGACUACUCCAGACUGACUCUUUGAAAUUCUCUUCCACACCUAAAAAAAACCCAAACCACUGGGCACUACUUCUCUCUCUCUCUCUCUCUCUCUCUCUCUCUCUCUCUCUCUCUCUGUGUGUGUGUGUGUGUGUGUGUGUGUGUGUCACCUGGGCCAUUUGCUUCUCUGCAUCAAGGAACUACACUUUUGAACUUCAGCCUCUCCUAAAACGACACCACUGGAAACUGAGCAGCUCCACAAAACAGGAACCAUGAGCACAGAGAGCAUGAUCCGAGACGUAGAGCUAGCAGAAGAGGCUCUUCAGAGGAAGGCAAAGGGGCUCCAAGGCUCUGGACACUGCCUCUUCCUCACCCUUAUCUCUUUCCUUGUUCUUGCUGGAGCCACCAUUCUCUUCUGCCUGCUGCACUACGGGGUCAUUGGACCCCAGAAGGAACAGGACUCUCCAAGUGCUUUUCUUGACAUGAAACCUCUGACCCAGAGAGUCAGAUCUUAUCAGACUGAAAUCAACAAGCCUGUGGCUCAUGUUGUAGCUAAACCUACAGCAGAAGGGAAGUUCCAGUGGUACAGUGGGCAUGCCAAUGACCUCCUGAAUGGCAUGAAAUUGAACGACAAUCAGCUAGUGGUGCCAGCCACUGGGCUCUACCUGGUCUACUCUCAGCUCCUUUUCAAGGGUGAGGGCUGUACCAAUGAACCUCUGCUCCUCAUGCACACCGUCUCCAGGGUUGCAAGAUCUUACCCAAACAAAGUCAACCUCCUGGCUGCUAUCAAGAGCCCAUGCCAGAGGGCAGCACAAGGAUCUAGGGAAUCCAAUCCCUGGUAUGAACCAACCUACCUGGGUGGUGUCUUCCAGCUUGAGAAAGGUGAUAUGCUCAGUUCUGACACCAACUACCCAAAAUAUCUUGACUUGGCUGAGUCUGGCCAGGUCUAUUUUGGAGCCAUUGCCCUUUGAGAGAAAAGGGAAGUAAUACCCCCAACCUCCAUACUCUUCUUCACUCCCUACUUAACUUUUAUCAGUCUUCUUCCUUGUCCCUAGAAGGGUCCUUUUCUGGAUCAGGAAAAUGGUUCCUCAGUCUGGGAAUUAGAGUUUAGAACAAUCUAGAAUAUGAUAAAGGACACUGAGAAACCAAGGAUCAGAAGAAUGAGAAUAGCUGUAUAAAUUGGCUGCAUAUCGAGGACCAUGGAAAUAUGGGAUCCAGAGUAACAUAAAAAUCUAUUAAGAAAUCCGUGUGCUGAAACAAAUUUAGAACCUAGAUAAAAACUGCAACCUGGAGACCAAGGGUACAGUCCCUAACACACAGAACAAGGACUAGCCCUAAAAGCCUGACCUGAGGGAAAGGACCCUCUUUACUCUAGACCCUCUUUACUCUUUACCACUCUCUGAGAUAUAUCUGAUUUAGACCCAAUGUUGAAAUCUAGUUCUUUCCUGUUCUAUUUAUUGUGAUGCAGGAGCCAUGCCUUUUGCUUUCCCCCUCCCCCGAAGUGGCUUCUGUUAUUUAUGAUUGGAUAAUAUGGUUAUUUAUUUAUUUAUUAUUUAUUUAUUUAUUCUUAAGUGUAUUUAUUGAGAAGGUUAGCAUUCAUGGGGGGACACAGAUGUUGAGGUUUCCCCCAGCUCAGGAGUAUUUUCUAUGAAAAUGGAGCUGAAGCAAGGGGUGCUUCUAUCCUGGCCCCUUGAUCACCCUCCCACCUGCCUAUUUUUAAAAAUUAUCUGAUUUUAUUACAUUGUUGAUUUAGUGGCUAUGCGUCGCUGUAUCUCUGAACCUGUGCUCCCCAGGGGAGUCGUGUCUGUAAGCGCCCUAUUUGUCAGUGGUGAGAAAUAAACUUUGCUUUGAAAAGA